AUAAAUAAAUCAAAUAUAAGUACUGCAAUAUCAUUCAAGUCUUUCUCAACUCUCAAGUCUUCUCCUCAUACCACCAUGUCCAUGUCCACUUUACUUGUACCACUAAUCCAAACUCCUGGCUCAAACCCUAACCCUAGCAUGAUUAACAGUUGUGUCAACGAUAAUCGCGAUGAUUUGGGGUUUGAUUUUUCGGAUUAUCUUGCGUUGGAGGACGAUUAUUCAUGCAACUUGAGCUCAUUUCUAUCGGAUAGUGCUCCGGUGAUCUUGCAAGAUAAUUUGCAGACUAGUGCUGAGAGUUCUAUGAAUUCUAAUCCUGAUGAUGUGGAUAACUCUCAUGAUCAUCAUCUGUUGCAAAUAAAAAAAUGCAGUAAAAGGAUGAAGUGCACAGGAGGUGACAAGGGUUCUAGGAUUGCAUUUAGAAUGAAGACUGAGCUCGAGGUUUUAGAUGAUGGAUACAAGUGGAGAAAGUAUGGGAAGAAGAUGGUUAAAAGUAACCCUAAUCCAAGGAAUUACUACAAGUGCUCAGCUGUAGGGUGCAAAGUGAAGAAACGAAUAGAAAGAGAAAUAAAAGACACCAGCUAUGUCAUCACUACUUAUGAAGGCAUUCACAAUCAUGAAACCCCUCAUUCUCUAUUCUAUUUCUAAACCCAGACGCAGUUUGAAUCACAACUUCCUCUACUUAGAAGAUUUCAUGCACCAGGGAUUCAGCGAUCUAAUGGGAGACGGAAACUCUGUUCCAGGUGCUCCAUGUAGAAUUUGAUUCGUAUAUAGACUUAAAAAGGACUUGUUGGAAUAUUUAGAUAUAUAAACACACAUGUCUGAGGGAUGAACUGAUCCUUGACCACUGUAGUUUGGUAUUCGACGCCUCUAAAAUAUUUAAACUUUCAACGACACAAAAAAUUGUUGGUGGGGAGCAUGAUUACUACCACCCUGGUAGACCUUUCAAACAAUUGAAACGGAGCCAAAGUCACUUACUUUCCUGCCUAAAAAUUGCCCUUGCUUACUCCCCUGCCUGAAAAUCAGUAUAUCUUUCUCUACUCAAGUAGUCUUAUGUGGUCUGAUCAGCCUAUGUCAUGUAAAAUCCAGGAUAUACAACUAUACUUUCAGACCUUCUAA